UCUGAAGAAAGUUUCUUACAGCAAAUCUUCGAAGGUAGAUUGGUAUGUCCAACUGAUGGAGCAAAUGGAGAAAGAACCAAUAAAGGAAGCAUCAGUAGAAGUAUCUCGCGAGUUCAAAACCCUAAUCAACUCUCAGCAUUUGGAUUCCCUCAAGCAAAUGCAGAAUCUCAUAUUGGGAAGGUUACAAGAUAGCAACGCUGUACUGUCACAUUUUAACGAGUACUCAGAUAACUCUUUUGCCGAGGUUUCUGGAGACUUUUCCAGAAAUACACGAGUGUUGAAGUCUAUGAAAACAGAUCUUGAUUAUGUAUUUCUGAAGCUAAGGAGCAUGAAAUCGAGAAUUUUGGCUACCUAUCCAGAUGCAUUUCCAACUGAUUCGGAAAGAGAAUUACUCGACCGUAGACCAGACUUGGAAACACCUCAGUAAUGUAUACUAAUAAGAUACCUAUUGGAUUGUAAAAUAUAGGUGAAAACCAUGUAAUUACUUUUUGUCUAAACUCUUCUGUUCAUAAUUCUUAACAAGCUAGUCAUUGGUUUUAUAUAUU